AGCAGCAGCUCUUGGCUCCGAUCAUUCCCUACACCUGCAGCCCUCCAGUUGCUCGUCGCUGCUGCAAUGGCCUCCACCGACAGCUGGACCCACGAGAUCGAGUCCCCGGUGGCCGCGCCGCGCCUGUUCCGCGCCGCCGUCAUGGACUGGCACACCCUGGCCCCCAAGAUCGCCUCCCACAUCGUCGCCAGCGCCCACCCCGUCGACGGCGCGGACGGCAGCGUCGGCAGCGUCAGGCAGUUCAACUUCACCUCAGCCAUGCCCUUCAGCCACAUGAAGGAGAGGCUGGACUUCUUGGACGCGGACAAGUUGGAGUGCAAGUCGACGCUGGUGGAGGGCGGCGGCGUCGGCAAGGCGAUCGAGACGGCGACGUCGCACAUCAAGGUUGAGCCGGCGGCCAACGGCGGGAGCGUCGUGAAGGUGGAGUCCACGUACAAGCUCCUCCCCGGCGUGGAGGUGAAGGACGAGAUCAUCAAGGCCAAGGAGUCGCUCACCGCCAUCUUCAAGACCGCCGAGGCCUACCUCAUCGCCAACCCGGACGCCUACAACUAACUAAAUCAAAAUCAACCAAAAUACGUAGUAUGAUCUCCAAUUAAUCUUCGAGAGUGUGUACGAUUGAAAUAAUGCUGCUCCAACUCCAAGCCUCCAAGGCAGUGAGUGAGAGCUGAGAUGAGAGAAGCUUGUGUGUGUUUGGUUUCUGUUAAUUAGCAUGUUUCUGUGGGAGUGGUUGGUUUGAUGCAGUCAAGGUUUGGACAUAUAUUUGCAUAAUUACCUAUAGGUUUUGCACGGGAAUAAAAGUAUAAAAGAUAACGGUCUCCGAA